AUGGCAAGCUCAAAUUCGAUCCAUGCAGCCACUCUGCUGUAUAGCCAAUUUCAUAGAAUCCCAGACGAAGUCCUUCUCCAGAUUCUGCACUAUCUCCCAAAAAGCGUCAAGCACCCCAAGCCGCAAGCCGACGUAUUGAAUGCGCUCUCGACAUGCAAGCACCUAGCACCACUUGCCCGAGAGGUUCUCUUCUGCGCACCAAUACUAUACUCAAGUAAGGCCGACCACUUCCUCGCUUCACUCUUCCAGUACCCAGACCUGCGAUCCAAGAUCCGAAGCCUCACCAUCGAAACGAAAAUCCGCGGGAUGUGCAUAGGACCGAAUCCAAGUCCAGCAAUCAGCCCCGAGCUACUAACAAAAGCCAUCAGCCACAUCAGCACAUUAGACAUCUACCAACACACAAAGCAGCAAUUCACCGAAUCGCUCCAUGCCGGUAACGAAUUCGACGGGCCUAGCACCCUCUUGAGUCUCGUCACGACCAUGCUACCGAACCUGCAAGAACUGUAUCUCGGUGGCUCGAUACUCUACAACUUCCCUUUCCUCCAAGCCCUGUUUACCUCCAAUAGCAGCCUCUUUCCAGCUCACAACCCCGAUCUAAGCCCCCUCCUUUCUCUUUUCAGCCACAAGCUUACUGUCCUCGAAUUGCCCAACGACUUCCGCAUCGCGCCUUCCAGCCAGUCAGAUUAUCGAGGCUCUGUGCACGGUAUUCCUAGAUAUUUUCCGGAGUUGCGCACGCUUAUGUUGCCGAGUGACAAUGUCGUACGUGCAUACUACAAAGAAGUCGUGCCGUCCAAACUCGAACGGCUGGUUUUGACCAACUGUGCCGUCUAUCAGUAUACUCCAGACUAUAGUCUUUGGAAUACCGAUGGGUCCUUCCACCCGUGGCUUUAUGACGGUAUUGAGCUUGAUCUUUCGGAGGCAGCCAUGCAUGAGAAGGGGCGUAGGUUGGAUAAGGCUAAGAGUGAUGAGAGGAAGAAGAGAGAGGCUAGGAAAAUUGCAUGGGGUCGAGUUGCAGGCGUGCAGAACCAGACAAAAUUGUAG